AUGCUGGCGCCAGGCUUGGCCCUUUCACUUCGAAGCGCCGCGCAGUUCAGAGCGGGGGCAGCCUGCCUUCAGCAGGCCGCUGCAUCGCGGACUUCGCUUUCAACACCUUUGAUCGGCUCGGCCUUGCCCACACGGCGUCCUCUAUCGACCGCAUACCCUCUACUUGCUCGAUUGGCGCCAUUCUCACGGCGUAGAGAGCCACCGCAAGCUGUCAAACCGCAACAAACCGACCCUUUGCCCACACAAGAAGAAGACGCUGCCCUCCUAUACUCCGACCUCCCACCACCGCCCAAGGACGCCCAACAACCGUCGAUAUCCCGCGCACUCCUCUUCCUCUUCGGCUUCUCCGCUGUCUCUUUCACGUGUGCGGCAUGUUAUUCGCUGCGAGACACCGAACGUAUAGCCUGCGAACAACGAAGUCGACGCGAUGUGUUUGCCAACAUCUCCUCGUUCUUCUCGGGCGCUGGCGACGAUGCACGCGGUCAAGACGUCUGGGGCCCAGGGGCCACAGACAGAAGCCUUGCCGUAGCAAAGAAGCACGAAAGAGCGACUCGACUGGGUCUGCGUAUGGACUGGCUGGUCGGAUGGUGUAACCAGCUGCACCUGCCUGCGGGGUUGACUGAGUUCGUGGGGAGAAGCUAUCUCAUCGUCACCGAAAAGUACAUCAACUUGUCGCCGUCAAAGGAGGUCGUGCUGCCCAUCGUGGUGGCUAACGGAGCCGUCUUUGCUCUGUGGGGGAUCGCUUCAGUACGGAGAGGAGGAAUGUGGCGUUGGAUGACUCAAAACUUCCUCCACCGACCGAGCAGCAACCGCAUGCAUACGAUGCUCACCUCGGUCUUCAGCCACCAAACCUUCCUUCAUUUUGCCUUCAACAACUAUGCUCUGUGGUCGUUUGGCGGAUCGGCACUCAUCGUGGCCGCGCAUCACGCUGCAUCGUAUCGCAGCGGGGCACAUGUACCGGAAGCCUCGCCCACGCCGCACUUCCUGGCCUUCUUCGCGACAGCCGGCGUGUUUGCGGCGACGGUCUCGCAUAUCGUCGCCGCCGUCCGGUUCAGGCGCAUCUCAGCGCUGCACGGGUUGGACGUCGCCCGUGCGGCCCUCGGACGGCAGGGCAGCUUGGGCGCAAGCGGCGCCGUCUACGCUGCAGUGGUCAUGUCCGCCUGCGCCUUCCCCGACGCCCAACUCGGCAUCAUCUUCUUGCCCUUCAUCACUUUUCCCAUCGGUGCGGGCGUGGCAGGGCUGGUCGCGGCCGAUGUGGCGGGCGUGCUGCUCAGGUGGAGGAUGUUCGAUCACUGGGCGCACCUGGGAGGGGCCGCAUUCGGUUGGGUGUACUGGUGGUACGGCGCAGAGGCAUGGGAACGGCUGAAGCGGGUACUGGUGGAGAGGUUGAGAAUGGGAGCCAGAGGUGCUGUCGAGCAGCGAUGA